UAACUGGUUUCAAACUUUUAAAUCCAAGAAGUAACUUUUAAAAGUACCAAUUCACCCCCCUAUUGGUUAGCCUUGGGAUAUUAGCUUAGGUUUAAUAACCUAAUCGAGAUUCAAUAAGAAUCAACAUUCAUUAGGCAAAAUUUUAGUCAAUUUUGGAUAUUAUCGAUGUUCUGAGCGCGAAGGCAUAGUCCAUUUCAUGAUUGAACGUCAUUUGGACAACAUCGUGCGUUAAUUUCCUCGAUUCGUGUGUCAUUGCCUCAAGACCCUCGUCGAUCUCCUCGUGCGACUUCAAUUGAACAAAUUAACAGUCAUUUUUUUGGUAUUGAUGAUGCUCCGAACACAAUGACAAAAGUAUGUUUCACGAUUGGAUGUCAUUUGAGCAACAUGGCGCGUCAAUUUUGGGUGUUAGUCUCCCCUUUUGACCAAUCUUAUUCGAUUUGCCUGCAAGAGGUUCCCUCUUAAGCAAAUUUGAUGCUUUGACUGCAAUGGCUAGGUUGAUUUGACAAUUGAAGGUCGUUUAACCCUUCAAGUGGCGCAUCAUACUAACACAUUGAUUAACGUGUUUUGAUGUGUAGGGGUCAAUAAAGUGAUUGAGUGUUGUUCAUGAUUUUAGUGUUGAUUGAUUGUUUGUUUGAACUUUAGGUUGAUUAAUUGUUGAUGAUUGAAUGAUUGUUUUGAGAUAAUUAAAUGGUUGAUUGGAGAUGAUUAAAGUGUUGAUUGAAAACUGGAUGAGUGACAACUGGGUAAUUAUCAACCAUCAGAUUGACAAUCAAGAGUUUGGAUAAAUUAGGUUGAUGACCUCAUACAAAAAUGAGGUCAAGAUUUAGAAAGUGGAAAAAGAUCCAAAAUAUUCAUCUUCGCGUUUUAUUUAUAGGAAUAUCAGGGCUAUAGAAAAAACUACAUAAAAAAGAGUUAAAAGUAUAAUAAUAAAUAACGCAUGGUACAAAUUGUCAUGUGCAUGUAUCAUGCUUUAGCUGACUUGGUGAAUUGUUGAAUCUUUUAUUUUAAUUCCUUUGUUUUGGGGUAAUUUCCCUUGUGUUAAGUGCCUACAGGCGGCUAGACAUGAGAGAAUCUACUAUGAGGGCCAAGGUGAGAAGAUUGUGGCUAAUGAGUCCUCUAAAGUCAUUAGCGACUUUUUGAUGGAGUCCCUGAAUUGCUUCGACAUUGGAGGCAAGUCCAUUCAAGUAGCAAGCAUAGUGGACUUCAUGAUCGACUGAGUGUGGUGAUGUGAGCUUGAAAUAUUCUUAGUAAUGCCCUUCCCUCUAAUUUGGAUGAGUGAUUGUCAUUGAUGGUUCUCCACCCUAGGUGGCAGUUGAGUAGCUUCAUAUAGUUACUAUCAAUAACUUAAAUUACGACUCUACUUGAAUUAUAUUUUAUCUAGAGUUGAUUGACCAACUCAUUUGUCUCAAUUCAAUUUAAAUAUGAGUUAAUUUUAAUUUGACGUUUGAUUGAAUGUUGACUUCAAUGCUCCUAAUUUGUAUUGGGCGGCGCUUUUAUCCAUGCCAAUUUAGUUAAACCCUUCAAAGUUCAUCAUGAAUUUGCAUUAGCCCGAGUUUAGGAUGAAUUUUAGUUAAAAUAUAAUAUGUUUCUUCAAGUAAAACUAAUAUAGAAUAAUAGAAAUUCUCUCGAUUGAAGGAGUUGGAAUAAUUUAUUUAAAUUUUUUUUUUUUGGAAUAUUUGGGGAAUUUCUUUAAAAUUACUUUUACAUUGAUUUUUUUAAACUCACUCCUUAGCUCAUCCUACCGAACCGGGUGACCUAAAGCCGACCUGACGGGAUUGGACACCCGGUUCAGCUGAAGCACUUCGGUAUAAAUAUUGAAACCGCCUGCGCGGGUGGCGAGCUCAGCUAACGCGUCUCCCUCUCAAAAUCAUCAAUUCCAACCCCAAUCCCCUGCCUCCUUCCACGGUUCCGCCGCCUCUUCCUCUCCACCUCUCGAUAUCCGAUCACAUUCGACUGUGCCCAAGAAGACAAUAAAACUCACGGAGAGGCAAAGAAUCACAAUAUGGCAAUGCGAGGCGACGGCUCGACGGCCGUUGUCAUGGACACGAAGACAAUCUGGAUACCCAACCAGGAUCUUCCGCUGCCGCCGCCACCACCACCGCCGCCGCAUAAGCCAUGGAUCGCGUGGCUCGUCCCCUCUGUCGCCAUAGUCAACAUUGUUUUCUUCGCCUACACUAUGUACGCCAACGACUGCCCCGCCCGUCACCCUCCCGGCGACGUCUGCAUCCUGUUCCGCUACUUCGGCCGCUUCUCGUUCGAGCCUCUUUCCAUCAACCCUCUCAUUGGCCCUGACCUUCGAACACUUGAUACGUUGGGGGCUCUUGAUUACAAGAAAAUUGUAAGCGGAGAACCUUGGCGCCUCAUCAGCUGCAUAUGGUUGCAUGCUGGAAUUAUCCACUUGCUUGUUAACAUGCUCAGCCUUUUGUUCAUAGGAAUUCGUCUAGAACAAGAAUUUGGUUUUGUGAAAGUUGGAACUUUGUAUAUCAUAUCCGGCAUUGGUGGGAGUUUGAUGUCUUCUCUAUCUAUUCAAAGUAAAAUCUCAGUUGGAGCAUCAGGUGCGCUUUUUGGAUUGUUAGGAGCUAUGCUUUCCGAGCUCAUAAUAAAUUGGACGUUAUAUGCUAACAAGUGUGCAGCCCUUUUGACCCUGUUAGUCGUGAUUGCUCUUAACAUGGCUGUUGGAAUGGUACCACAUGUAGAUAGUUCUGCACAUAUUGGAGGAUUUAUAUCUGGUUUUCUUCUUGGAUUUGUUCUUCUCAUACGUCCUCAAUUUGGAUGGGUCAACCAGAAGCAUUUUCCUCCUGGAUAUGAUAUAAACACUAAUAAACAAAAGCACAAAGUAUAUCAAUAUGUUUUGUGGAUUCUAGCUUUUGUCAUGCUGGUCAUUUGGUUCAUGAAUAACUCUAUUCAGCUGUUUGUCCAUCAUUAACGAAGUCAAAUAUUAUGAUCCAGUACAGAUUUUACUACAUAUUCAAGAAGAAUAUGAUCCUAUAAGCGACAAUUUUCUUCGUCAAAUUUUUGACAUUUUCAUAACCUUUUGUUUCAUGGAGAUUGUUGUAGCUUAUUUUGUAUGUAGAAUGAAAAGGAAUUUGAGAUGUGGCACUGUUACUAAUUGAUUGCCUUUCGGCACUUAUGAAGUAUUUUAGCUUCAUAUGUUAAUUGUUUUGAAUGUCUGAGUACAAUUAAUUGGGUGGGGCUAACCGAAAUGUAAUAUGGUUGAACCAAAAAGAGGCGUGUAGAUAAGAAUAUAAGAUAAUUUGUGACAUUUGUCCUUUUUGUUAU